ACGAAUAUGGGAUUUAUUAAUUGGGCCUUUGGCCCAAUAUAUUCACAUAAGAUUCUCUUGCAAACGGUUUUCUAAUAAUAAACAACCCCGAGAGAGAUUCCUCGCAAAAAUUUGAUAGAUAAGUCGAUAAUAGAGGAUCGGAGAAAUGGGCCUCAGAAAUCUACAGCAGUGGAAGAGCUUCGCCAUAGAAGCACUGAAUCAAUCAUUUGUGGUAGCAAGAUUCCUCUGCUUCCUUCAUGUCACCAACACCUAUAUCUGCACUGCUGCUGUAACCUUCGGCCCCAGCAUGCUACCGACUCUCAACCUCACCGGUGACCUCGUUCUGGCUGAGAGGAUCACGCCCCGGAUUGGCAAGGUGGGUCCUGGCGAUGUUGUUCUUGUACGGUCCCCUGUCAAUCCUAGAAGGAUAGUGACCAAGCGCGUGACGGGCAUUGAAGGUGAUAGCGUCACUUACGUUGUUGACCCCAAGAACAGUGAUAAAACCUGUACUAUUGUGGUUCCUAAGGGGCAUAUUUGGAUAGAGGGAGAUAACAUAUACGAUUCUAAUGACUCAAGAAAGUUUGGGGCAGUUCCUUGUGGCCUCCUUCAUGCAAAAGUAUUUUGGAGGGUAUGGCCACCGAAAGAUUUUGGACCUCUGGGACAAAGAGCAAAAUAAAUGAAUGAAUUUCACCACCUGCCUUUAAUGGAGAAGGCUAUCAUGUUUGGGUAGCAAGAAUGGAGGCUCGUUUGGAGGCAAAUGAUCUCUAGGAAGCUGUCGAAGAGGACUAUGAGAUUCUUCCAUUACCUGCAAAUCCAACGAUGGUGCAGAUCAAGAGUCACAAGGAGAAGAAGACAAGAAAGUCUAAGGCAAGAGCUACUUUAUUUGUUGUAGUCUCAUAAGAAAUCUUUGUCAGAAUUAUGACAAUGAAGUUAGCUUUUGAAAUCUGGAAAUUCUUCAAGGAGUAUAAAGGAGAUGAGAGGAUUAAGGGAAUGCAGAUUCUUAAUCUAAUCAAAGAAUUUGAGCUUCAGAAGAUGAAAGAUUCUAGGACGGUGAAGGAAUACUCUAGUAGAUUGCUUGGGAUUGCAAACAAAGUAAGGUUACUUGGUUCCGAAUUUCUUAAUUCCAGAUUAGUUCAAAAAAUAUUUGUAACUGUACCUCAGAGAUCUGAAGCAACCAUUUCCUCUUUGGAAAAUACUAAAGAUUUGUCAUAGAUUAAUUUGGCAGAAUUGAUGCAAGCUUUGCAAGCACAAAAAUAGAGAAGGCUUAUGGGGUCUGAAGGGUCAGUUGAAGGUGCAUAAGCUGCAAAAGUUCAGUCCAAUCAAGGACCAUGGAAGAAGAAUGAGAAAGGCAAAAAGGGAAACUCAGGUAAGGGAAACUUAGGUAAGGGAACAAAAUCUGAUUUCCCUCUUUGCAAACACUGUGGAAGGAAGGGACAUCCUCCCUCCAAAUGCUGGAGAAAGCCAGACCAAAAGUGUGAGAAAUGUUAGAAGAUGGGACAUCACUAAAGAAUUUGUAAAAGUAACAUUCAACAUAAGAAUGUAACACAAGUGAACUUACAGCUAAAGAAUGUUGCUCAAGUUGCUGAUCAAGAAGAGGAGGAGCAACUCUUUGCAGCUACUUGUUUUUCAACCUGUAAUUCAAGUUAGAAGUGGCUCAUUGAUAGCGGGUGUACAAAUCACAUGACCUUUGAUCGUGAUCUCUUCAAAGAAUUGGAUACUUAGUAGUCUCCAAAGUGAAGAUUGGCAAUGGACAGUAAAUUUCAGUCAAAGGAAAAAAGAAUAGUAGCAAUUGAAAGCAUCUCAGGUAUAAAGUUAAUUAAAAAUGUAUUAUUUAUACUUAGACAUAAAACAAAAUCUCGAUUAUUGCACAAUUGUUUGAGAAUGAGUUCAAAGUUCUCUUUGAAAUAAAUCAAUGUCUUAUCAAAUAUUUAGAAGGCAAAGAUGUUUUCAAAGUAAAAAUAAAAGGAAAAAGCUUUGCAUUGGAUCCACUGGAAGAAGAACAAUUAGUGUUUUUUGCAACAAAAAUUAAUGGAGAAAUCUGACACAAGAGAGAUGGCCACUUUAUUUUCUCAUCUUUAUUGAUGAUUAUUUCAGAAUGUGUUGGAUAUAUUUUCUCAAGUUCAAAAUAAAAGUUACUGGUUUGUUCUUGAAAUUCAAGAACUCGGUUGAAAAACGAAGUGGUCAUCACAUUCAAGCUUUGAGGUCAGAUAAUGGCAAGGAAUACACCUCAAAUCAGUUCAAUCUUUUUUUGUGAAGAAGCUGGGAUUGAGCACCAAUUCACUGCUCCAUACACUCUACAGCAAAAUGGAGUCUAUGAGAGGAAAAAUUGAACUAUAAUGGAGAUGGCCAGAUAUUUGUUGCUUGAGAAGAGCUUGCCAAAAGAAUUUUGGGUGGAGGCUGCAAAUACUGCAGUUUUCUUACUCAACAAGCUUCCAACAAAGGGAAAGGCAAUAGAAGGAAAGACACCAUUUGAACCUUGGUAUGGUUUUAAACCUUCUUUGAAAAAUCGUAAACUAUUUGGAUGUUUGUUCUUUGUUCAUGUUGCACAGAUCAAGAGAGAUAAGCUUGAUAAAAGAGCAGAACUUGGUGUAUUUGUGGGUUAUAGCACAACACCAAGAAAAUUUUAAUAAGCAAAGAUGUGUACUUCAUGGAAAAUGACAAGUGGGAUUGGGAAGGAAUGUAAACAAUCAUGUUUCCUGACUUUUUUCUAAAACCACAACUCAUAGAUAAUGAGUUGAUUGAUGAUGUUCCUAUAAGAGGUACAAAAGCACGUUCUGAAAUUUAUUAGAGGUGCAAUGUUGGUGUUCUUGAAUCAGAGCAUUUUGGAAAGUUGAGAAAGAUCCGAAAUGGAUGAUUGCAAUGGAGCUGAACAUAAUAAAAAAAAUCAAACCUGAAAGCUGGUGAAAAGGCCUGCAGACAGAAAAGUCAUUGGAGUGAAGUGGGUGUUCAGGACAAAGCUCAAUACAUAUGGCUCCAUCAAGAAGCACAAAGCCAGACUCGUUGUGAAAGGUUAUGCUCAAAUCCCUGGUGUUGAUUUUUCUGACAGAUUUGCUUCUGUUGCCAGAAUUGGAACAAUCAGGUUGUUGUUGGCUAUUGCUGCACAAAAGGGUUGAAAAGUGUAUCAGCUAGAUGUUAAGUCAGCAUUUCUCAAUGGCUUGCUUGAUGAAGUGCUUUAUGUUGAACAACCGGAGGGGUUUGUUGUGUAAGAGCAAAAGGAAGAUGUGUACUUGCUAAAAAAAGCUUUAUAUGGCCUGAAGCAGGCUCCAAGGGCUUGCUAUAGUAGAACUUAUGAGCACUUGAUGCAGCUGGGAUUCAAAAAAGUCUUAGUGAGGCUACCUCUGCAUCAAAAGUGAUGAGAUCAAUUUUGUUGUUAUUUCAUUGUAUGUGGACGAUUUAUUUGUCACAAGAAGCAACCUGGAACUUGUGAAUAAGUUCAAGAAAUAUAUGCAGUAGACAUUUGAGAUGACUGACUUAGGACAAAUGACAUUUUUCCUUAGAAUGGAAGUUUUAAAAGUAGCAAGAGGUAUUUAUUUGCCAAACCAAAUAUGUCAAAGAAAUUCUGAAGAAAUUCAGAAUGGAUGAAUGUAAGAUUGCUACAACUCCUAUGGGUAAAAAUGAAAAGUUGGGCAAGGAAGAUAUAGAUGAGAAGGUUGAUGAAAUUCUCUACAGAAGUCUAGUGGGUUAUUUGAUGUAUUUAACAACCACUAUUUUAUACUCUGCAAGUAUGCUAUCUAGAUUUACAAAUUGUGCCACUGAAAUUCAUUUUAUUGCUACUAAAAGAGUUUUAAGGUAUGUGAGAGGAACACUAGAUUAUGAGAUCAAGUUCAGCUAGUCAAGAUUGUGUUCUGCUGGGCUAUUCUGAUAGUGAUCAUGGUGGUUUUGAUGAUACGAAGAGUAUUUCAGAUUAUUGUUUUCAUAUGAGGUCAGGGAUGUUCUUUUGGUGUUGUAAAAAAACAAGAGGUGGUUGCUCAAUCAUUUGCAGAAGCUGAAUUAUUGCAGCUAUAGCUGCUGCAAAUCAAGCCUUAUGGCUUAGAAAGGUGGUGUUAUAUACGAACUUGAAGCAAAAGGAAGGCACAAAUGUAUUUGUGGAUAAUCAGGCUGCAAUUGCUAUCUCCAACAAUCCUGUUUUUCAUGGAAAACCAAAACACUUUAACAUCAAGAAGUUUUUCCUCAAAGAGGGUUCUGUCAGUCUGAAAUAUUGCAAAAUAGAUUUUAAUAUUGCAGACAUCUUUACCAAACUUUUGCCAAAAAACAAAUUUGAGUUUUUAAGAGAAAAACUUGGAGUUUAUAGCAUCAAAGCCAAGGAAGAGUGUUAAGAAGUUGACUUGGCUGCUGCUGCUGCAGCAAUUUCAUUCUUGGUCACUAAGUUGCUGCAAUUUCAUUCUUGGUCACUAAGUUGCUGAAAUUUCGCUUAUUUUUCUGUUGUUUUUUAACUUUGACUUGUUCAAUGACAUGUCAUCCAUUAGUUCCAGCUUUUAGUUGUUAAACAUAGAGACUUGUUUCAUGUAGUUGCUUGAUUUUAGCUAUUUCAGUUUUUAUUUCUGUUGUAUUUAAGUUAAUAUUGCAGUCAAUAAAAAUUAGACUUUGCACAACAUUCUUUUUUCUUGCUUUAUUUAAAUAUUUUUCCAACAAGAAAGCCAUCCAAUGGGAUCUUCACCAAUAAAAGUAGGAAGUUCUAGUUUAUUUGAAACAAAAACAGUGAGUUCAAGUGCAUAGUAUGAGGACGGAAAACAAAACCCUGAGGUAUGGGUUCACGACUAGGUUAAAAUGGGUUGGUGAUUUCUGUGAUUUCUCUUUCAUCUACAAUAGCUAUUCUGCAGGCAAUGGUUGAUAAAAGAUUUUCAAUCGAUGAAAGUUUACGGUGGAUUUGCUAUCAGUAGUUUGGAGAACUAAAAGUAGGAAUUUCUAGUUUAUUUGAAACAAAAACAGUGAGUUCAAGUGCAUAGUAGAUUUGAGGACGGAAAACAAAACCCUGUGGUAUGGGUUCACGACUAGGGGAAAAUGGGUUGGUGAUUUCUGUGAUUUCUCUUUCAUCUACAAUAGCUAUUCUGUAGGCAAUGGUUGAUAAAAGAUUUUCAAUCGAUGAAAGUUUACGGUGGAUUUGCUAUUAGUAGUUUGGAGAAACCAUCAUUCAGCAAUGCAAGGUUCCUGUCUUUUCAAGUCGAGAUUCCAUUCGUGGCAAUUAUCCGACAGGUCGUACCAAUAGAUAGAGUAAGGAACCAAUUGAAAGAAAUGGGUUAAAAUUUGACAAAUAACAAAAGAUACAAACUAUCUUCUUCACACUUCAGCAGUAUACUCACUAUCCCUAAGCCAAACAAGCUGGAAUAAAAUACAAAAUUCCCGUCCCCUUCACACCCCUUCUUUUCCUGUGUUUUGAGCAACCUAUGUCUAAGGCCUAGGAAAGAUCUCAUGCUUGGUUUCGAAUUUCAUGCAUUUUUAUGCUUUGUCCAAUCAAAAUUGUAGUUUGGACUGUGCAAUUAAUAUUGGCUGGUGGAAUUGGACUUCCAUGGUAAAGUAGGUACUUUGUAUCUAACCGUUGUAAGAAUUAU